AGAGAAGUGUAACAGCAUCUGCUUAAGAAAAAAACAGCAGUAGUAGCAGCAAUGGCGGCGGAGCUUCCAAAUUUCAUCGUGGUGAGGGCAAGCGUCCAACAGCGGUACGUGUCGCACUUCAAGGGGCUGGAACUUCACAGGCGCCACCGAAGUCAACAUUUUCAGCCCACUGGCGCAGAUCCAAGUAGAGCAGGCCAAAAGCGACUCCCGCUACGUUCACUUCCGCUUCGUCCACACCAACAACGCCAUGCAAAUCAUCGCAGUCGCCGACCAGCCUGAGGAAGAUUUGUCCAACACGCUCUUCCAGCCCAUAAUCACGCCCGGCUCCACCAACCUCGCCCUCAACCAACCGCCGCAUUGAUGUCGUGGGUCACGGCAUUCCCCCAAUUCAUUUUCUCCUCCAAGGUGGCACUGGAGGCACUCCUCACUUCCAGGCAUGUCGCUUUCAAGGGACACGAUGGCAGGUAUGUGAGAGGCUUGACGGUCCAGAAUUUUCCGUACCAGCAGCUGUAUGCGGACGACCCCAACGCCCAGGAAACGGGGUUCGAGGUGCACACCAUGCUGGACGGACAUGUCCGCAUAAACUCCCUUCAUUUCGAUAGGUUCUGGAGACGCAGUCCCAAUUGGAUAUGGGCCGACAACAACGACACCCACGCUGACACCUUGUUUUGGCCUGUCAAAAUUGACGACAACACCAUUGCGCUUCGGAACGCAGGCAACAACAACUUCAUCGUGCCUUUGCGCAUCCACGGAAAGACAGACUGUCUGAACGCCCAAGUACCCAACAUGACCUUAGAAACGAGAUUUGAGGUGGAGGAGCUGGUUCUCAAAAGAGAGAUCUACCACGUCAGAUACCGAAUGGAGGAAUCUCGAAUCUACGACGAGGAGCCCUCCAUCGCUGGAACAGCCACCGCCGGUAAUUUUCUCGUCGGUAACACAAUUACCGGCGGCAAAACACGCCGCCGGUAAUUAACGGCGGUAGGUCCCACCGUUAUAUUUCCUCGGCGAACGGUGGAGAUAUACCGGCAAAUUACCGGCGGCAAUAUGCCGCCGGUAAUUACCGGCGAUGACUUUGCCGCCGGUAAUAUUCACCGGACGGCGGCGGUGAAUAUCACCGGAGAUUAUUCUCCUUACCGGCGGUAAAAUGCCGCCGCUAAUUGCCGGCGGCAUAAUUAGGGCUGCCGCCGGUUCAGGAACCGCCGGUUCGGGGCCCGAACCGGCGGUUCAGGUUCGAAAAAUUCGUGAACCUGAACCGGCCCGCCUAAAAUUUGAAGGGCCGGUUUUUGGACCCUGAACCGGCGGUUCCGGGCCGGGCCCAAAACCGGCGGUUCCGAGCCCAAAACCGGCGGUUCUCGGGCUUCUCCUCUUCUUCUGUUUUUUUUUUUUUUGAAAAUUUUUGAAAUUACUCAACUUAAAUAAUAUUUUAAUUUUAAUCAAAUGUAGGUUCUCUAUUUAUAGUGUACUACACAUUGUAGAGAAUCCUACAUUUUUGAAUGUGGGAUAAUUUCAACUUAAUGUAGCUUCACUAUACUAUUUAUAGUGUACUGCACAUUGUAGAGAAUCCUACAUUUUUCAAUGUGGGAUAAUUUCAACUUAAUGUAGCUUCACUAUACUAUUUAUAGUGUACUACACAUUGUAGAGAAUCCUACAUUUUUCAAUGUGGGAUAAUUUCAACUUAAUGUAGCUUCCUAUUUAUAGUGUACUACACAUUGUAGAGAAUCCUACAUUUUUCAAUGUGGGAUAAUUUUAAUAUUUUUUUAGGCCCUCAAAAAAAUAUUAGUAAUCAAAAUCAAUUAAUAUUUUUUUAGGCCCUCAAUUAAUGAUUAAUUAAUUUUUCUAUAGAGUGUUCAUAAAAGGGAGUCAAGAAUCAACGAUGAAAAGUAACAUAAAAUUAAUCAAUUGACUCUCUAUUACAAAAAAUAUAUGUUUUCAAAUGUUUGAUAUAAGUAUAUAACUAAGGCACGUUAUCAAAGGCAUACAUAUGUCAAUUGAUGGUGCCAGGUAUAUUUCUAAGUUAUAAGUUAUAUAUUUAUAAAUUAUAAGUUAUAUAUUUAUAAGUUAUAAGUUAUAAUAUAUUACAUGAGAAUUGAAUUGAAAUAAAAUAAAGGAAAAAUAAUUAACACAUUGAGAACCAAAAAUUCAAAUGAAUUCAUAAAAAUAGAUAUCUUUAUUGAAUUUAUUCCACGUACCAAAAGAAUAUUACAAGGAUACAAAUUACAUAAUCUUUAAAAUUGAAUAAGUAAACUAACUAAUACUAACUAAUUGAUCCCUAGACCUUAUAAGUUAUAAGUUACAUAUUUAUAAGUUAUAUAUUUAGAAGUUAUAAGUUAUUACAUGAAUAUAAGUUAUAUAUUUAUAAGUUAGGUUGAGUGAUCCCACAUUGAAAAAUGUAGGAUUCUUUAUAAUGCGUAGUACAUUAUAGAUAGUGAAGCUACAUUAUCCCACAUUGAAAAAUGUAGGAUUCUCUACCAUGUGUGGUACACUAUAAAUAGUGAAGUUACAUUAUCCCACAUUGAAAAAUGUAGGAUUUUCUACCAUGUGUAGUACACUAUAAAUAGUGAAACUACAUUUAGUUAAAAUUAUUAGGAUUUGAAUAUAAAAUUAAAAAAAAAAAAAAUUGGUCGGGCCCGGCGGUUCAGGGCCGGACCGGCGGUUCAGGGUUGACAACCCUAUGAACCUUAACCGGCCCGGAUAACUGGCGGUUCGGCCCUGACCGUUGACCGGCGGGCCGGUUCAGGGUCGAACCGCCGGUUCCGGUCGGCCCUUGGCAACACUAGGCAUAAUGCCGCCGGUAAUUUUUUUUGUAAUUUAAUUAAUUAAUUAAUUAUUACUGUAGGCACACGAAAUUUAUAAGAUAUAAAAGAAUAUUUUAAUUUUAUAUCUUUGUUUAUUUUGGAAUCUUAUGAAAUCCAAGAUUAAAUAUGAUACAUUAUUAAUAAAGAUCUUACCAUAUUUCAAAGAUAGAGAUCAAUUUCUUUGGCAGCAAGUCAAAUCUAAUAUUGAUAUAUAUCAAUAUUCAAGAGCCAAUAGGAUCAUGCCACGUCAGCCCUAAGCCCAUAAUCAUGUGGGCUCUGGCCCAAAGCUUGACUCUUCCUACAACUAUAAAUAGGGGUCCUCAUAUCAGUUCUAAACACACACAAAUCAUUUGAGAGCUUAAGCAUUGAAGGAGUAAUUCACUACAACGAAGUCAUCUCCAACAAUCAAGGCAUUCUUUGUGGAAGCAACCCAAAAGCUCAAGUCAAAUCCAACGCUCGAUCCAGAAAUAAGGCGUAGGCCCUCUGCAUCAACGUUAUAAAGCCCAAAGCUCAAGGUUCAAGGCGUUCUACAAGGAAGUCAAUACGUUCUUCAUCAAAUUCAUCAAAGUCAACAUUUAAUUCAGAAAUAAGGUGGAAGUCCUCUGGAUUGACGUCAUCAAAUACAAAUUCAAGUUCAAGUCAUCAAAUCAAAUCCAAGGAGAUCAAGAAGGUGAACUUCUCUCCAAAGAUUUCAAGAAACAUAUCAAAUUCAAAUUCAAGUUCAAGUCAUCAAAUACAAAUCCAAGGAGAUCAAGAAGGCGUACUUCCCUCCAAAGAUUUCAAGUAACAUUUGAAGAGGAUAAUCAGAUGAUCAAGUGGAGAUUCGCAACCCGCAACAAAUUCAUCUCAAUCCAUAUAUUUUGGAUUUGUACACAUUUUUUGUAUUUCAUUAAAUUGAAUACAAUAAAAUUUGUGUUUACAAAUUUUGGCACGCCCGGUGGGACAUCUCUACCUCUCAUCUCUCAUUUUCACCAACAGCAACUCAAGCAAAUUCAAAUGGAGAACAAAGCUUCAAGUGCUGCCCUAAACAUCACUUUGGAGAACAUUGGUGUUAUCACUCGAGGCAAAGCUAUGCAAUUGGAGGAGAUUUUCAAGCCUGCUUCAGCAAUGGAAGAGCAUUCAACCGCGAGCUACUAUCUUGAAGCUCCUGUCAUGGUGACAAACGCUUCUACUUUGGAGGAACAAGUUGCUAGCAUAGCUAAGCUUCUUGAAAGCAUGAACAAGCGUACAUUGGAGCAAGACGCCAAGAUCUCAAAGCUCAUCUUAGAGAAAGGAGAAGGAAGUCGAGUGAAUGACGAAAAAGAUGAAAAAAGCGAUGAUUCAGAGUCAUUCGAGAAACACCAUGAAGAAAAGACGCCUCCUAAGAACAUCGAAGUCUCUGCCGAUGGCUUCAUUCACAUCAAUCAACUCAAAGACUUCAUCAUGGGAACGGUCAAAGACAAGUUCGAAGGGACCUCGAAAUCAGCAUGGACGUAUAGCAAGCCAUAUACUACAAGGAUUGACUCCUUGAAGAUGCCAAUAGGCUACCAGCCUCCAAAGUUUCAACAAUUUGAUGGCAAAGGCAAUCCAAAGCAACAUGUGGCUCACUUUAUGGAGACAUGUAAUGAUGCGGGAACAUAUGGAGAUUACUUGGUGAAGCAAUUUGUUCGUUCCUUGAAAGACAAUGCAUUUGAUUGGUAUGUCAACUUGGAGCCAAAUUCCAUCGAUAGUUGGGGGCAAAUGCAAAAGGAGUUCCUCAAUCGCUUCUAUAGCACUCGAAGAACAGUGAGCAUAGUUGAGCUUACAAACUCAAAACAAUGGAAAGAAGAGUCAGUCAUCGACUACAUCAACCGAUGGAGGGACUUGAGCUUAAAUUGUAAAGAUCAACUAUCUGAAGCUUCAGCAAUCGAGAUGUGCAUUCAAGGCAUGCAUUGGAGCCUUCAAUACAUCUUAAAAGGAAUUCGACCAAAUACAUUUGAAGAGUUGACUACUAGAGCUCGUGACAUGGAGUUAAGCAUGAUCGCAAAUAAAGUUGAUGAUCUACACAUGCAAAUGUCAGACGACUAUCAAGAAAACUAAGAAGCAAGUUAUAGGGGCAAAUCUCUUGAAGAAAUCCCAAAUGAAGAUGAUGAAGAAAUCCCAACUGAAGAUGAUGAAGAAACUUCAAAUGUAAGCACAAGUCAAUCUUCAAGUUGAAAUUCAUAAAGUCAAAAUGCUCCUUGGUAAGAGCCUAAACUAUCAAUUAUGCUCCUUGAGAAGAGCCUAAACUAUCAAUGAAGCCCCCAAACAUGAGCAAAAGGAUCAUUCAAGUUGAAUACUCCUUGACACGAGUAUAAAAUGUCUACAAAUUCAAAUUCAAGUGAAGACUCCUUGACACGAGUAUAAAAUGUCAACAAAUUCAAAUUCAAGUGAAAACUCCUUGACACGAGUAUAAAAUGUCUACAAAUUCAAGUUAAAGUGAAGACUCCUUGACACGAGUAUAAAAUGUCAACAAACUCAAAUUCAAGUUGAAGACUCCUUGACAUGAGUAUAAAAUGUCUACAAAUUCAAAUUCAAGUUGCA